AAUAACACGAAUAAGAAACAAAGUAAUGGCGUCUUGUAUAAAUGACAAUACAAAACUCGAAGAUCAUAGGGUGACAUUCCUAGUCGUGGGUGGUGGUAUAGCCGGUGUAACUUGUGCAGAAACUUUAGCAGUUUAUCAUCCGGAAGAGAGCAUAAUUUUAUUAACAGAAUCAAGUGUUAUAAAAACCAUAGCUAAUUUAGAACCUGUUGCACGGUUUGUUUAUAAAUUUGAUGUAAAGGAACGUUCUUUGGAAGAUUCCAGUACGAUUGCUCCAGCAAUUAUUACUAUUGUUGACCAACUAAAGCAUAUAGAAGCGUCAAAGCGUCACGUUGAAACUGAAAACGGUUGUAAAAUAUAUUAUAAGUCCAUUUGCCUUUGCACGGGGGCUGUACCUCAUCUAAUACAUAAUGACACACCUCUAGUCAUUGGAAUUCGCGACACUGAUUCAGUUUUGAUAUUGCAGCAACGUUUAGGAAAUGCGAAAAGUGUUGUGUUGCUAGGCAAUGGUGGCAUUGCGAGUGAGCUUGCAUACGAAUUGCAUGGUGUUGAAUUACAUUGGGUCAUCAAAGACGCUCAUAUAGCAUCAACAUUUGUAGAUGCUGGUGCAGCACAUUUUUUCCAAGAAUCUAUACAGCAUAGUAAAACUACAUGCGAACAUAAACCGGUUGCCAGUUCAAUUGUUAAACGAUUGAGAUAUGCUGAAAUAUUAUCCGAAGGUCAACAUAAAAAUGUUACUAAGCAUGGUGCAGCCUUGGGACCUGAUUGGCAUAGAAAUUUUACCCUCAAAGGAAAUACAGUUACUGAACUCAAGUCCCCGAUCAUGCAUUACAAGGCACAUAUUAAGCAGAUAAGAGAAGAAAACAGCAUGCUUUUUGUAACGUUGUCUAAUGGAGAACAAAUUAAAUGUGAUUUCCUCGUAUCUGCAACAGGUGUUGAACCCCGACAUAAUUACUCUUGUUCUAUACCUUUGUGUCUGGCCUCUGACGGAGGAAUUGCUGUAAAUGAUAUGAUGGAAACUAAUGUAGAAGGAAUUUAUGCAGCGGGCGAUGUUUGCACCUGCGUGUGGGAACAUGGCGAGCACUGGUUUCAGAUGAGGUUGUGGACACAAGCGCGUCAAAUGGGGUGUAUGGCAGCCCGUAGUAUGGGAGCGAAACUAAGAAAUGAAGUAAUCUAUCAAGAUUUUUGCUUUGAGCUCUUUGGGCAUGUAACACACCUUUUUGGUUAUCCUGUGAUACUCCUUGGUCUAUAUAAUGGUCAAGGCUUGGGGAAUGAUUACGAAAUUUUGCUACGCAGUACGCCACAAGAAGAGUAUACUAAAUUUGUAUUACAAAAUGGACGUUUACGUGGAGCAAUAUUGAUUGGAAAUUCAGAACUUGCCGAAACCUGUGAGAAUUUAAUAUUGAAUGGCAUCGACCUUACGCCCUACGGAGAUGAUAUACUUAACCCAAAUAUCGAUAUAGAGGACUAUUUCGAUUAAACAAGUCAUUGUCAAUAUAUUUUGUUUCCAUUCGUAAAAAAUAAAGUUGCAACUACUAUAA